AUGAAAUGUGGCGAGGCUGGAGUACCUCAGCUGAAGAUUGCGGGCUGCGACCAUGAUCAACACGAGAGUGUCAACGAUGUGGCAAGCUGGCACGGCAGGCAAGUCAAGGCAAUGGCCGGUUGGCGCAUCGAGGUGCGCAUCAUCACGGAUGCUGUUGUCCCCGCAACAGGGUGCCCCGCGCCAUCGAGCCAGGCGAUUGAUGACGAUGAGCAUGGUAAAGAGCCAGGCCCUGUACUCGGAAGGGCUCAGUCAGCGGAGAGCUCACGGUCAUCAUACCAGAGGCUGAGGAAGAUUGAAGAAGGGCGAGUAGCAGCGGAAAAUGACGAAUUAGAGUCGCAAGAGGCUUGCGUAAAACUACGGCGGCUUCUCUCUUCCCACGACGUGCUGGUGUGGGAUUUGCUGCUUGCCUAA